AGAAACGAUUACAAAAAGAACUAUUGGCAUUGCAAAAUGAUCCACCUCCAGGAAUGACUCUAAAUGAAAAGAGUGUACAAAAUUCAAUUACACAGUGGAUUGUAGACAUGGAAGGUGCUCCAGGAACACUAUAUGAAGGGGAGAAAUUUCAGCUUCUAUUUAAGUUCAGUAGUCGGUAUCCUUUUGAUUCGCCUCAGGUCAUGUUUACUGGAGACAAUAUUCCUGUUCAUCCUCAUGUUUAUAGCAAUGGUCAUAUCUGUUUAUCCAUUCUAACAGAAGACUGGUCUCCAGCUCUCUCAGUGCAAUCUGUUUGUCUUAGCAUUAUUAGCAUGCUUUCCAGCUGCAAAGAAAAGAGACGACCUCCAGAUAACUCAUUUUAUGUAAGAACGUGUAACAAGAAUCCAAAGAAAACAAAAUGGUGGUAUCAUGAUGACACAUGUUGAUGCCACCAUUUUGUGAUCCUCGUAGCAGAAGAUAGUCCUACUGAGAAAAUGAGCACUUUGAUCAUUCAGUCUUUGAACUUUAACCUUUGACUGGAAGUGACCUAUAGGCAAUGAAGACUACUUCCUUUGACUGCAUUUUUACUAGUGUGCAUUCUGGGCGCAUGUUGAUCGCUGGUUCAGUCCAUGCAACUGACAUGCUUUUAUUAGUCAUACAGUAUUAAUGCAGGUGUCCAGAAAUGUCAGAAUAAUUCCAUUAUUUUUAUUUUAAGCUUUUGGAAGAAUUCCAGGUCUUCAUAUAUUGUGCAAUAACACUGGGCUCCUUGGCGGUUUUGGUGCAUCCAUUGCCGGCAAUGGACAUUGUACCAGGGAAAGGUUUUGCUCCUGCCACAAAAAAGAUUGAUGCAUGACAGAGCUUAUGAAAGUUUCGGAUAUAUUUGGAUUAUAAGCAAGGGAUCUACCAUUACCUUAAAGGCCUCCCCAUUCUUUUAUAUUUGGAUUCUAUGCACUGUGAUCACAAAAGUAGCAGCAUGAGUUAACAUGCUUAGCUGAAGGACUGUAAUAAGAUCAUUGCAUAUUUAUUAAAUUGUUUAUCUGCUGUCAAAUUGUUUUGACAUGGAAGGUUUUUCAAGUGACAUUGGCAGAGAGGUACAAUGUUAUCCCUAUGGUGAAAUAAAACUACUUUUUGUAUAUAGUUAUUCAUAUCUCUGAAGCAAAGGUAUGAGUAAUUUAGGGUAUGAGUGAUUUAAUCAAGAAUUUAUUUUGGAGAUAGGAGAGGAUGGCAGUGAUAUAACUGAACUUGCUGCAGUCCGUAAUUGGGCUUGUAAUUUGUACUUUAGAGCUUUUUCCAAAUAGAUUGCACACUGUUAUUUCCUGCUAGCCAUCAGCAUGAGCCCUACUGCCUACACCAAUAUUUCAUUUAUUUAUGUGUUUCAAAGCAAUCCAUAUAACAUUUUUUGUUUGCAUUCACUGUUUCUUUUGUUGUUGUAUGUCAUGUUUGAAUGUUACAAAACAAUAUUUUGAUUGAAAAGCUUUGUCAGAAGAUAUUUUCAUGUAAAUUAUUUCUUUAUCUUGUAAGCAUCAUCUUGUCUUUUAAUCCUGUACUAUAAAAAGAAAAAAAAAAAUACAUUUUUGACAGAGGCUUAAUGUUUUGACAAAAAAGUGUGGACCUUCUUAUUUAAGUUUAGACUAAAGUAUAUUUUCUUAACUUGCUUGUCCCACGCAGCCAUACCAAUUUUUUUCCAGGCUUUUACUUCACCAAAAAAGGGGAAAAGCCUAAAAUCAGAUUGACAUUUUUCUAUGGAGCAACAUUUAUUGAAAUGAUAGUUGUUCUCACCACUCUGUAAUAUUUUGAUACUGCAAUUAGGUUGUCUUUUUAGGAAGCACUUUUAUAAACUUAAUACCUUUACACAUAUGCAAAAUUUCUAUAACUUUUUACUGUUGCCUUAUUGUUGCACUCAAAAAAAAAAAUUCAAGCGAUUAAUGCAUGAAUGUCUAAAUCAAGUAAUUACUUGAUUUAAAAACAAACAAAAGCCAAAAAAAACCCCAAACCCAACCCAGAAUGAAUAACUACAGUAACAAACAGAAAAUUGGCUGAAAAUACUGAUUUUUUUUCUUACUGCUGUAUGAUAACUGACAAGUUUUAUAGCCUUGUACAUACUUCUCUGUUACGUAAUGUUUAAAACAUUUUAAAAAGUAUAGAUGCUUAACUCAGGGUGGAUAGAGUUCAGAUGGAUUUGCUUCAGAGAAGUAUUUUGUACAGCGACUGAAUUAUGGAUAUUGCCAGUGAAGCGAGGCUACGUUAUACUUCAGGAACUGCUAUUUUUUCUACUGUAUUGAAAAUAUCUCUUGGCCUUUAAAACUCAAUGGUAAAAUCUAGCUUUGGAUAUAAAUUUGAUGUGUGUAUAUAUUUUCACAAUGAGCCUUUAAAACAUAGAAUUCAGUUUCUUUUAAGAGCCAAAAAUAAUCAUUCUAAGCAAAUGAAAUAGUUCUGCUCCUAACUUUUUGUUUAGCAAAAUUUUAUUGUUGUGAGUUAAUCAAACUGGUUACUUUUGGAAAUGGUUCAUAUGAAAGAGCAGUGAUCUGAUACUUAAUCUGUAUAUUCAUGUUAACUGCUCUGUAUUGAUUGGAACGAUUGACACAUCUUUGAGAAAUUCGUGUAUGAAUGGUUUACAUAAUGGAUCCUUUCAAAUAGUCCACAGGAAACAGACCUUAUUGUGACACAAGGUAAUGUCUCUG